CUGGGGAGAGGGAGAUGCAGAGGGAAAUGGAAGGGGAGAGCUGGGCGCCGGCUGGAGUGCACCUUGGGGACGGAGGGGGACCGGUGUUUUACCCGCGGUCUAGGCCCGAACUCCCGCCCAGAGCUGGAGCGGGAUCGCAGUGGUCCCUCUGACCUGCCGGCGUUUGUCUGUAUGUGUCCACCCAGGGAGACAUGGAGACCUGUUUGGCGGCCGCGGCGCUGAACGGGGUGGACCGACGUUCCCUGCAGCGCUCGGCUAGGCUGGGUCAAGAAGUGCUGGAGCGGGCCAAGAGGAGGGCGGUGGACUGGCAUUCGCUGGAGUGUCCCAGAGGCAGCGUGGGGGAGUUUUCCCGGGAGGUGCCCUUCCAAGAAAGACGGCCGGUAGCCGGCCCCCAGCGCCGUCUCCCCAGAGAGAGAGAAGAGAGACACUCAACCCUUAGUGCUUCCUUUAGAACAAUGGUCGAAUUCAUGGACUAUGCUUCAAGUCAGUGUGGGAAAUAUUAUUCAUCUGUGCCAGAGGAAGGAGGGGCAACCCAUGUCUAUCGUUAUCAUAGACGGAAGUCGGAGCUCCACACGUACGCAGACAUAGGAACAAGUCAGAGAAAAGACAGAGAAAAGACAUCCCUGGGUUCUGGAGGCAUCUGUCAGAUACCAGAGCACAGUCUAGAGGCAUUGCAGCCUGCCCAGAACAUCUCUAAGGACCUCUACAUAGAAGUAUAUCCAGGAACCUAUUCUGUCACAGUGGGCGCAAGUGACUUAACCAAGAAGACUCAUGUGGUAGCAGUUGAUUCUGGACAAAGUAUAGACUUGGUUUUCCCUGUAUGAUAUUGACCAUCACUGCCAUCACAUCACCUUUUUAUAAGUAAUGUUGCAACGUCUUAUUCCUAAACCCCAAAGUUAGUGUUAAACAUGUCUCCAUUUUGAUGGGAUUCAUCUACAAGUAGAACUACGUCAAGAUCAUCGAACCACUUAAGUGUCUUUAAGCUCCUAGCAUUGUUUUGUAUUUUUAAAGAGAAAUAAAGUUUGUUAAUCAGUUCUGGCCAUUA